AUGAGGGGUCUGUGGAAUGUACCAUACAUAUCACAAGCCUAUUUGAUAAAUGGAUUACUACUUAAAUCUAGAGAAAAAUUUCCUUCAUUCAUAAGUGGAUUGUUGGAUCCCGACAUGGCAUUCUGCAAAAAUUUAAGAGACAAUGGAAUAUUUAUGUACAUUAGUAACAUGGAAGAUUUUGGUCAUCUUAUAAACAGUGAAUCUUUUGACACUUCUCAUGUUCAUAAUGAAUUGUAUGAAAUAUAUACCAAUCAAAUUGAUUGGGAACGAAGAUAUAUUCAUGAAAAUUACUCAAAAGUACUGAAAGAUGAUUAUCAAGUUGAGAUGCCGUGCCCUGACGUUUACUGGUUUCCUGUCGUUACACCUACAUUUUGCAAGCAUUUGAUUGCGGAAAUGGAAAACUUUGGACAAUGGUCUGAUGGUACAAAUAAAGAUCCAAGAUUGGCUGGAGGAUACGAAAAUGUGCCAACCAGAGAUAUUCACAUGAAUCAAGUAGGGCUCGAACAACAUUGGCUUUAUUUUCUACGGGAAUACAUACGGCCGGUACAGGAAAAAAUAUUUGUUGGUUAUUUUCAUGACCCUCCUAAAGCAAUAAUGAACUUUGUGGUGCGUUAUCAUCCUGAAGAACAGCCAUUCCUUCGUCCUCAUCACGAUUCAUCCACUUAUACUAUUAACAUCGCAUUAAAUAGGCCCCAUAUAGAUUACGAGGGUGGUGGAUGCAGAUUCAUUCGUUACAACUGCAGCGUGACAGAAUUGAAAUUAGGAUGGUCGCUGAUGCAUCCGGGACGUCUCACUCAUUAUCACGAAGGACUUCCCGUCACUAGUGGAACUCGAUACAUCAUGAUCUCUUUUGUCGAUCCAUAACAUUACUAUUAAUAAUAGGAAAUUCGAGUUUUUUAUAACAAAACAUUGAUAAAUUUUAGAAAGGAGAAUGUACAAAAAAACACGUUUUUAUAUCAACUUUGAUACAUUUAAAUUAUUCAAAUGCAAUACGAGCAGCUUGUUUUUUUUUCUAUUCUCUGAUUUAUUUGCAAUUUGUUUAUGUUUAUAUUAAUAUUUUUUUGAAAUUGUGUUUUGGCCAAAUUUGUAAGAGUGAGAUUCAUAUUAUUUGUAAGUUUUAUACAUUAUUUUCCAAUUGCUUGACUGUUAUUGUUAUUAAAAUCUAGUAAUUAGGAAAAAAAAAUAUUUGGCAUC